AUGGGAAAGGUUGGUCCAAUAUUUCUAAACCUUUUGCUCUCACUAUGCCUAGCCAUGCCAAUAGUACAAAGCACCAUUGAAGGACCUGAGAUUGAGCAAUGGUUUCAAAACCUUCAUCUAGCAAAACAGAAGAUGACCCGCCUGCACUUCUACUUCCACGACGUCGUUUUGGGCCCAAGCCAGACCUCAGUGGGGGUAGCCCGAGCACCCAACACCUUCAAAUCACCCACCUUGUUCGGGCUAGUCAACAUCUUUGACAACCCGCUAACCAAGGGACCCGAACCCACAUCUGAGCUCUUGGGUCGAGCUCAAGGGCUCUACGGGUUCGCCUCCCAAGAGGAAGUGAGUCUUCUUAUGUCUGUGAACUUUGUUUUCACAAGUGGCAAGCACAAUGGGAGCAGCCUCACCGUUUUGGGUCGUAACCCAGUGGUGCAUUCAGUCAGAGAGUUGCCAAUAAUCGGUGGAACUGGUGUUUUCCGAUUGGCACGUGGGUUGGCGUUGGCCAAGACUUAUUUUAUUAAUACCACUCUUGCCAUUGUUGAAUACAAUGUUGUAGCUCUGCAUUAUUGA